AUGGAAAAGGGCUUCGUCAAGAUUUUCUCCCCUGAAAAAAGUGGAAAGCGGCUCAAAAUUCCUACAUGUUUUACAUAUUACAAGAAUGAAAAAUUACCUAAGAAAAUUUAUCUUAGAGAUCGAUUUGGCAAUAUGUGGCCUAUAGGAGUGAACAAAAUAGGAGGAAAAUUUUAUUUUCAAUAUGGAUGGGAGAAAUUUAUUGAGGACAAUACUGUAGAGGUUGGAGACUUUCUUAUUUUUGACUAUGAUGGAAAUAGAAUAUUUGACUUUAAAUUACUUGGAAGAACUAAAUGUGAAAAGAAAGGAGUUGGAGGUUUAAAAUUGACAGUGAAAGAGGAGGAAGUGGACGAAAUGAGUGUUGAACAUCAAAAGAGUGCAGACCCAAUAGGGAAGAAUUGGGCUAGUGAUAACUUCAAUGGUUCUUCUUCUGAUGAUAAUGAUGUGGAGUACAUGGGAGAAGGAGAAGAGGAUGAGGACAAGGAAUAUAAAGAGACUAAAAAGGUACCAUGUCACGCGGAAGAGGAAGAAGAAGAACAAGAAGACGAUGAAGAUGAAGAGGAGGAAGAAGAAGAGGAGGAGGACGACGAAAGUGAGGAGGGAGAGAAUCAAAGAGCUAACACACUUAAGAAAAAGGUGUCACGGUCAAAAGCCUUUGCUUGCAAGGUGAGGAAUCGUCAUGACCAUUUUGGUGUAGAUAUAUUCAAAAGUGGACGUGCAACUCAGCCAAAAAAUCCUUACUUUAUAGCGAAAAUACGAUCAAAGAGGAGAGAUCAACUGUACGUUCCGGUCGAUGUGGUAAAGGACUACAAACUUGAACUCCCUUCAAGUAUGACCAUUCGCGACUCUGUUGGCAGAGAAUUUGUGACGAAACUCAAGACGUGGAAGGACGGUAGAAUAUGGCUAGUUGGUGGAUGGCGCAGUUUAUGUAGAUGGAACCUUGUGGAGAAAAAUGACCAUUGUAUUUGUGAAUUUGUGAGAGGAAAGCGCAACAAAGACCUUCACUUACAAGUUCAAGUUCUCCAUGAAGGAGAAAGUUCUAUUAUAUGUUAGACAAGAAAAAUAAGAUCAGAGUUGUGUCACUCUUUCUUAAGCUACUUUCAAUUGUGUACUUCUACCCCUUUUCUUUUUUUUUCCAAAGCCAAGAUUGGAGUUUUCUGUUGCAUCUUUCUAAUUGAUAUACUGGAGAUGAACUCCUUCACAUGUGGUCCAAGCUUAUUGUCCCCACUGAUGUUUUCUGGUGCGUCGAUAAAUUCAUUUGGCCUCAUGAUGGUUGGCAAGAAUUUAUGGAACAUUAGUCUGUUGUCU